GGCAACUUGUGUGUCAAAUCAAUACGUGCGUGUCAUGCACGUGUACCAUUGGAGACUUGUUACCGAAAUACAUCAUGGAUGAAAUAGUCAUUGCAGGUAUAUCGGGCCGGUUGCCCGAGUCCAACAACCUGGAGGAAUUUUGGGAGAAUCUCAUCAAUGGGGUGGACAUGGUGACGGAGGACGAUCGCAGGUGGACACCAGGCCUUUACGGUCUCCCAAAGAGGAACGGCAAACUGAAAGACAUCAGCCAUUUUGAUGCCGCAUUCUUUGGAGUUCAUCCCAAACAAGCUAACACCAUGGACCCUCAGCUCCGUCUCAUGCUGGAGGUCGCUUACGAGGCGAUAGUUGAUGGAGGACUGAACCCCACCACUCUGCGCGGCAGUAAAACGGGCGUCUACAUUGGGGUGAGCGGUUCAGAGGCCGGGGAGGCGUUGAGCAGAGACCCAGAGGAGCUUCUCGGCUACAGCAUGACCGGUUGCCAGCGUGCCAUGUUGGCCAACAGACUCUCCUACUUCUUCGAUUUCAACGGCCCCAGCACAGCCAUCGACACAGCCUGCUCCUCCAGCUUACUAGCUUUAGAAAAUGCCUUCCAAGCCAUCCGCUUGAGUCACUGCGACGCCGCCUUGGUCGGGGGCGUCAACCUGCUACUCAAGCCAAACACCUCGGUGCAGUUCAUGAAACUCGGCAUGCUCAGUCCCGACGGCACCUGCAAGUCCUUUGAUUCCUCAGGUAACGGAUACUGUCGCUCUGAGGCGGCGGUGGUGGUGUUGUUGACGAAGCGGUCGGCGGCUAAGAGAGUUUAUGCCACAGUGUUGAAUGCCGGAAACAACACAGAUGGAUACAAAGAACAGGGAGUAACGUUUCCUUCCGGUGAGAUGCAGCGGAAUCUCGUUCAUUCUCUCUAUCAAGAGGCAAAUAUCACACCCGAGCAGGUUGAGUACAUUGAAGCCCACGGCACUGGAACAAAGGUCGGUGACCCGCAGGAAGUUGGCGGGAUUGUCAGUGUGUUCUGUCAAUCAAAUCGAGGGCCACUACUUAUUGGGUCCACCAAGUCCAACAUGGGCCAUCCAGAACCGGCAUCUGGGCUGGCUGCCAUAGCAAAGGUGUUGCUCUCUCUGGAGAAAGGAGUUUGGGCCCCCAACCUGCACUUCAACAGUCCGAACACUGACAUUCCUGCCCUCACCGAUGGCCGCGUGCAAGUGGUUGACCGGCCUAUACCUGUUCGCGGCGGCAUCGUAGGCAUUAACUCCUUUGGAUUCGGAGGUUCAAAUGUCCACGUCAUCCUUCGUCCCAACGAGAGGAGCGCUCAGACGCAGGGCGACACCGGCGCACCAACCAGGACGGUCCCUCGUCUGCUUCAAGCUUGCGGCCGGACAGAGGCUGCUGUGAACUCGCUGCUCCAAAAAGCAAAGGAAAACAGUCUGGAUGAUAGCUUCCUGUCUUUGCUCAAUGGAGUGUCUGGAAGUCCCGCUGCUGCUAUGCCCUAUCGAGGCUACACACUGAUCGGCUCUCAGACGGACAGCACCGAAGUGGAGCAGGUGCAGGCCACACCUAGACCCCUCUGGUACAUAUGCUCAGGCAUGGGGACACAGUGGGCGGGCAUGGGUCGCAGUCUCAUGCAGCUACCAGACUUCAGAAAAUCCAUCAUGCGCUCGGACAUGGCCCUGAAGGAAACGGGCCUGGUCGUGUCCCAACUUCUCAUGGAGGCCGAUGAAGCGGCUUUCGAAGAUACCGUUCAUUCCUUUGUUGGUCUCGCUGCCAUACAGGUAGCUCAGAUAGACCUGCUCACUAAGCUGGGUCUUCAGCCCGACGGCAUUGUGGGCCACUCGGUGGGAGAGCUGGCUUGCGGCUACGCAGACGGUUCCCUCAGCCAGGAGGAAGCCAUCCUGGCUGCGUACUGGAGAGGGCGUUGCAUCAAAGAGGCCGAUCUUCCUCCUGGAGGCAUGGCUGCAGUGGGUUUGACCUGGAAGGAGUGUAUCGCUCAAUGCCCCAAGGGCGUCGUCCCAGCCUGCCAUAAUGCCGAGGACACAGUCACUAUAUCUGGUCCUCAGGAGGCGGUCAGCAAGUUUGUGGCCGAGCUCAAAGAGCAGGGAGUGUUUGCAAAGGAGGUGCGCAGUGCCGGUGUGGCUUUCCACUCGUACUACAUGGCAUCCAUCGCUCCGGCCCUCUUAGCUGCCCUCAAGAAGGUCAUUAAGAGUCCAAGGCUGCGUUCAUCCCGUUGGGUGAGCACCAGCAUCCCUCAGUCGGAAUGGGACACUCCCCUGGCGCUUUACAGUUCGGCCGACUAUCAUGUCAACAACCUCGUGAGCCCGGUGCUGUUCCACGACGGCCUCAGCCUGGUGCCCGUCAAUGCCGUCGUGUUGGAGAUAGCGCCUCAUGCUCUUCUUCAGGCCAUCCUGAAGCGUAGCCUGAAGCAAUCAUGUACUUCACUUCCCCUCAUGAAAAGAGGUCAUCCCAAUAACCUGGAUUUUUUUCUCUCAAACAUUGGCAAACUUUACUUGAACGGCAUCAACGUGGACGUCAACACUUUGUGUUCCGAAGUGAAAUACCCCGUGCCAGUUGGCACCCCGAUGAUUUCUCCCUUGAUGCGGUGGGACCAUUCUCAGACAUGGGAUGUCCCCAAGGCGGAGGAUUUCUCCUCUGGCUCUGGAUCGAAUUCCGCCAUUGUCUACAGCAUCAACAUGAAUCCGGAAUCUCCAGAUUAUUAUCUGAUCGGACACUGCAUCGAUGGGCGUGUCGUUUACCCAGCGACAGGUUACUUGGUGCUGGCCUGGCGCACCUUAGUGAGAAGUCUAGGAGUUCCCAUGGACACGACGCCUGUGACGUUUGAUGAUGUCACCAUCCACAGGGCCACAAUUCUCCCAAAUAUGGGUGUUGUCCAGUUGGAAGUGCGUUUCAUGCCUGCCACGAACAAGUUUGAAAUUUCAGAGAACGGAGACCUGGCCGUCAGUGGAAAAGUCAGCAUUCUGGAGGAUGCGGCCCUAGAUUCGUUCCAUAGUCAAUUGAACCAGGAAGCUCUGAAAACCAGCGAGGACCCCAAACGGAAACUUCUGGCGCACGAUGUAUACAAGGAACUGCGACUGCGCGGUUAUGAGUAUGGCAAAACUUUCCAAGGCAUCUUGGAAUCUAACAAUGCCGGUAACAAUGGGAAGUUGCAGUGGAUGGGGAACUGGGUCACCUUUCUGGAUACCAUGCUGCAGAUGAUUGUUGUCGGGCUCUCCGGCCGGAGUCUACGUGUGCCAACCAGGAUUCGCUCGGUAUGCAUCGAUCCCGCGAUCCAGCUGGAAAAGGUCGGCGAGUAUGCUGACGGAAAACUAGCUGUGACAGUCCACCUCAACCGCUACCUUGACAAAAUCACAGCCGGUGGAGUACAGAUCAGCGGCCUUCACGCGACUGUGGCGCCCCGUCGACAGCAGCAGCAGCAGAACCCCCCCACCCUGGAGGAGUUCCUGUUGGUUCGCUAUGUGGAGACAGAGUGCCUUGCAAACGACAGGAAACUUGUAGAGCAGCUGAAGCUUUGCAAAGGAUUAAUCCACAAACUGCAGCAAAAGAUGGCACCUCAUGGACUGAAGCUCUGCAUCCCAGGGCUACACGGGGUGUCGGAAAGCUCGCCUCCCGGCCCUGAAUCCUCUGAGCCAGGCUUGAUUCGGUUACUCACCAUGCUCUGUGACCUGGAGCUGAAUGGGAACCUGAGUUCAGAGCUGGCGCAGACGGUGGGAAACGAAAGGGCGUGUCUUCUGCAAGACGGUCUGCUGCGCGGUCUUCUGGAUGGACCGGCACUCAGGCACUGUGUGGACAUUGCCAUGGAAAACAGCGCGCCUGGCAAGAUCAAAGUCCUGGAAGCACUAUCCAGUGAUGGUCAGCUCUUCUCCCGUGUAGUCGGACUCCUGAAUAUCCAGCCCAUGUUGCGUGUGGAUUAUGUUGCCACGGCAACGGACCAGGACCUUCUCGCCCCCCACCAGAUCCACCUAGAGGAGCUCGCGGUCACAACAGCACAGUGGGACCCUCUCUUGGGCCCAGCUCCCGGAGGUUCAGCUGACCUGGUGGUGUGUAACCAUGCCUGGGGCCCUUUAAGGGGAGACCCUCAUCUGCUGGUGACAAAUCUAGCUUCUGGAGCCAGGCAAGGAGGAUUUGUUCUCCUGCACACAUUGCUUAAGGGGGAUACCCUUGGGGAAACCGUAAGCUUCCUCUCCAGAGUCAACGACACCACCAGUAAGCAAGGACUGCUCACACAGGCUGAAUGGGAGAAAGUGUUUUCUGAGGCUUCACUCACCCCGGUGGCUGUCAGGAAGUCUUUUUAUGGCUCGGCGCUCUUUUUAUGCCGCCGGCUGGGUCCUGCCAAGCAACCAGUUGUCCUCGCGGUUGAUAGUGCCGACUACAAGUGGGUCGAAACGCUCAAGGCAACACUUGCAGAGUCCUCAGACUCGCCGGUGUGGUUGACUGCUUCUCAGCCCCACAGUGGCAUUGUGGGAAUGGUCAACUGUCUGCGGCAGGAACCCGGCGGCCUCCGAAUACGAUGUGCAUUUGUGUCAAAUCUAAACGGCUCAUCAGAAGCGCCGACGCUCCAGGUUGACGAUCCAUCCAUGCAAGCGGUGCUCAAGGGCGACCUUGUCAUGAACGUAUUCCGAGACGGAUGCUGGGGCGUUUUCAGACACCAACUCAUAACUCUUGACGGAAAUGAAGAGUUGACGGAACACGCCUAUGUCAAUGUAUUGACUCGGGGAGACCUUUCGUCACUGAGCUGGAUUGCCUCGCCGCUCCGCCAUUUUGUACCCGCCGGCCCGAAUGUGGAACUGUGUCGCGUCUAUUACAGCUCGCUCAACUUCAGAGAUGUGAUGCUCGCCACGGGCAAGCUGCCACCAGAUGCUAUUCCAGGGGACUUGGCACUGCAGCAGUGCAUGCUGGGUAUGGAGUUUUCCGGUCGUGAUCCCGACGGUCAUCGUGUGAUGGGCCUUCUGCCAGCGAAAGGCUUGGCGACAUGCGUGGAUGCUGAUAAAAGAUUCCUCUGGGAUGUCCCCUCUAGCUGGACUCUGGAGCAGGCUGCCUCCGUGCCGGUGGUCUACGCCACAGCCUACUACUCUCUGGUGGUUCGCGGCGGGCUGCGCCCUGGAGAAAGUGUUCUCAUCCACUCGGGGUCGGGGGGAGUUGGGCAGGCCGCCAUCGCCAUUGCCCUCAGCAAAAAUUGCAAAGUCUUCACAACAGUUGGCUCAGCGGAGAAGCGCGCUUACCUGCAGGAGAGGUUCCCCCAGCUCUCGGCAGAUUCCUUCGCUAAUUCCCGGGACGCAUCGUUUGAACAGCACGUCCUUCUGCACACUGAGGGCAAAGGUGUGAACGUGGUGCUGAACUCUCUGGCUGAGGAGAAGCUGCAAGCUAGUCUUCGCUGUCUUGCACGACAUGGACGAUUCCUGGAGAUUGGCAAAUACGACCUUUCCAACAACUCGCCCCUCGGCAUGGCGCUGUUCUUGAAGAAUGUGGCAUUCCACGGCAUCUUGCUGGAUGCUCUCUUUGAAGAGGGCAAUCGUGAGUGGGAGGAGGUGUCGCAGCUGCUCCAGGGGGGCAUCGCGGGAGGCGUCGUCCAGCCUCUAAAGACCACAGUCUUCGAGAGGGACCAAGUCGAGGAGGCGUUUCGAUACAUGGCCCAAGGCAAACAUAUUGGCAAAGUUCUUCUGCAGGUGUGUCACGAGGAGACAGAUACAUCCGUCCAAACCGCGUUCCCUUUAGCGAUCCCGGCCCUCCGUCGUACCUACUGCCUCGCCUCCCACUCGUACAUCAUCACCGGGGGGCUCGGCGGCUUCGGCCUCGAGCUCGCUCAAUGGCUGACUGAAAAGGGAGUCCGCAAGCUGGUGCUAACUUCCAGAUCCGGGAUCAGGAAUGGUUACCAAGCAAAGCGUGUGAGCGAAUGGCAAAGUCAGAAUGUGGAGGUGUUGGUCUCGACCAGUGACGUCGGCACACUUGAGGGAGCGGAAAAGCUCAUUGCCGAGGCCUGCAGGCUGGGUCCAGUUGGUGGGGUCUUCCACCUUGCCAUGGUUUUGAAAGAUGGCUUGUUGGAGAAUCUGACUCCUCAGCACUUCCUUGAUGUGAACAAACCGAAAUACGAUGGCACCUUGAACCUUGACAAAGUCACAAGAAAAUCCUGUCCAGAGCUGGCUUAUUUCGUUGCAUUCUCAUCUGUAAGCUGCGGCCGCGGCAAUGCCGGCCAAAGUAAUUACGGUUACGCCAACUCUGCCAUGGAGCGCGUGUGUGAGAAGAGGCGUCACGAUGGCCUUCCUGGACUCGCAGUCCAAUGGGGGGCCAUUGGGGAUGUGGGCGUGGUGCUGGAGAGUAUGGGUGGCAACGACGCCGUGAUUGGUGGCACCCUCCCGCAGAGGAUGGCUUCUUGCCUGGAUGUGCUCGACCACUUCCUGUGCCAGCGGAGCCCCGUGAUGUCAAGCUUUGUGCUAGCGGAGCGCAUUGUGGCAAAGAGCGAGGCGGGGAGCCAGAAGGACUUGGUGGACGCUGUAGCUCACAUUCUGGGCGUGCGCGAUGUCAACAGCCUGAACGCCGAUGCCUCAUUGGCUGACUUGGGCCUUGACUCGUUAAUGGGCGUGGAGGUGCGCCAGACUCUCGAGCGCGACUAUGACAUCGUUAUGGCCAUGAGAGAGAUCCGGCAGCUUACUAUCAACAAGCUGCGUGAACUGUCCAAUAAGAAGCCAGAAGGAUCAAAUGUGAAAAAGGACGUCGUUCGAACCUUGUCGGAGUCGAGUCUGACAGAGCUACUCGUCAACCCAGACGGCCCCACGGUGACGUCACUCAACGAUGUGCAGAACCAGGAGAGGCCGCUCUUCCUCGUGCACCCAAUUGAGGGCUCCAUUGCUGCCUUCAAGACACUUGCCUCCAAGCUUGACGUGCCUUGCUAUGGCUUGCAGUGCACCAAAGAUGCUCCGCUGGACAGCAUCCAAUCACUGGCAGCCUACUAUGUAGAUUGCAUUCGACGCGUCCAGCCCGAUGGGCUGUACCGAAUCGCCGGCUACUCAUUUGGCGCGUGCGUGGCGUUUGAAAUGUGCACUCAGCUGCAGAGGCAGAAACUGCCCGUGGAGAAUCUCUUCCUGUUCGACGGAUCACACUCAUACGUGGCGGCCUAUACGCAGAGCUACAGGGCCAAGCUAACACCAGACAAAGAAUCCGAGGCUGAAACUGAAGCCUUGUGCGCCUUCAUCCAGCAGUUCAUGGACACCGAGUACAGCAAGCUUCUUGAUGCUCUUCUCCCACUUCCGGACUUGGAGGCUCGGCCGUACACCGCCAUGGACUGA